AUGGGCCGGAAAAAAUAUCUUCCGAAUGAUGCCAGUUUCUUGAUGCACACUGCGGUGGAUGAGAAAAGUAGUGCACCCCGACCACACCUACCUAUACCCAGGAAAGUUUGUGUUAUAGCCAGGACACACAGUGCAAAUCAAGAUGAUUGGAUGCGCGCCUACAUGUACAGUAUGAAGUCUCAAACGAUGGGUAAUUUCUCGCUUUCCCUCGUGAACACAGACACUGGCACACAUGAUACGGAUAUAAUGACUAAAGAACGAGAGAGAUUCUCGAGAUUGGUCGAGUCCAUGGACGACGAACGGAUUACUUUAGCGCCUACUCUCCCACAGAACACGCCCGAUACGUAUGGCUAUGUGGAAACGGACAUGGAAUUGGCAAGGUUGCUCGCGAACGAAUCGUGUGAAUAUAUACAUGUUUCUAAUGCAGAUAAUCUGUUAAAUAGAGCGUAUUUUGAAUAUGCCGACGAGUAUAUGAGACGGAAUAUCGACCUGAUCGGGGUAUCGUUUGUACUCCAUCAUGCGCGUGCAAAUCACAAAAAUUUACCUAUAACAACAAAGUUCAGUAUGGGCAAUAUUGAUCUUGCGUGCGGUGUUUUCCGUACGGAGACUAUUAAAAGGUGCGGUAUCACUUUCUUACCCACUACAAGGAUCUUUGAAGCUGACUGGUACUUCUUCGAGAAGAUUUUAAAGUGUCCAGGUACGACUAAGGUAGCCAUUCCUGAGGUUCUACUGAUGCACCAGUGA